AUAUAUUUCUGCCAUGAUUGUUAUGGUUCAUUAAGGCGUUUAAAAAUGCCACGGUUGGCAUUGAACAAUUGCUUGUAUCGAGGAGAACCAUUGAAACAGUUAGAAAAUGUGACAUGGGUGGAGGAAAUGGCUUGCAGCAUUUAUAGAACAACGGCACAUGUUACACGUAUAUUUGGUUCUUCUAGUGUUACUGAUCCACUUCAGUUGCAUGGUAAUGUUUGUGCUCAUCCACUUAAUGUGUGUGCAACUGCAAAGAAACUACCUUGGAGUCCUACAGAUUUGAAUGAUUUGAUUACUAUUAUCUUUGUAGGAAAGAGGAAACUCACAGAAACAGAUUUGCUCAAAUUUAAACCUUUCUUUGUGAGGAGAUCUGUUAUAAGAAUGCUUCUUUCUGAUCUAUGUAAGCGUAACAGACUGUAUAAGGAUCUGUACUCUAUGGAUAACAGUGUCUUGAAUCAGUACCCAGAAAAUGAUAUACUACCAGGCCUUGCAGAGCGGAUCAUCUACGAU